AUGUUAAUAUCAGUUAAAAAGAUAGCAUUAAUUGAAUUUUAUAAAAAAAUAUAUAUAUCAUAUUUGGUUAUUGAACAAUUUGAUAUUAAAACUGAUUUAACAUCAACAACGAUAACAUCGAUUUUAAUUAAUAAAAUAUGUACAUAUCGUCUUAUUGAUUAUAUGUAUAGAAUAUUAAUCUUAAUAUUUACACAAACAGAAGCUAAACUUUAUAAAACAUUUAUUUUCGAUAGUAAUGCAUCAAAAGUAAUUGAAAAAUAA